AUGACCCCACCAUAUUACCACCACCAACCCAAAGUCAGUUCCGAUAGCUACGAUAUCGACACAAUCGACACAAUCGAUAUCAACGAUAUCAAACCCUAUAAUAACACGCCGUCAUCAUCAUCGUCCUCCCUCCUCAGCAAAAUAAAACGCCGCCUCAAUCUGCGCGCCAUGCGCGAGAAAUGGGCAACGUCCUGGGCGCCCCUGAUGGCGGCCAAGAGCCAUCUGGAUUCGGAAUAUAAUUUCCCCAAGGGGAGUUUGAAUGAGCGGCAAUUAUCGACUUUUCGACGGUAUCGUACCGGAUGA